UAGUUGAUUAGAUUGAUCUUAUUGGCUGUCCAUGAAUGAAUAGGUGCUAUUUAAGAACCUGUUUAUAAUACUUAAAUUCAUCGCUGCAUUACACUUUACCCACGACAAGGAACUAUGGAUGUCUAAAAACAAUGAGGAGUACAAGUACACAUAUAAUUCUGAUCACAGCAAUAAUUUGUCUUCCACGAAUUAAUGCAGCUGAUCCAUGUGACACAACAGAACAUAUAAACGACUGGCAACGAUCUGUAGCAUUUGCAACUGAUACUACACAGAUAUGUGAUAAUAUUUUAGCAGAAGGAUGGUAUAGAGUUAUAAGUGAUGCUGGAGAGUUAAUGCCAACAGAAUGUCCAGUAGGAGGAUUAAGAUGUAAUACAGCAAAACCAAUAUAUUUAUAUACUGAUGAUUUACCUGUUGGAGAAGAGGCAUACCCAGCUGUUGGCGUCACAGUUACAAGAACAGCAUAUGCUGCAAACUAUGAUGGUAAUUGUAAACACACGGAAUACGAAAUCCAAAUAAAAAACUGUGAUGGGUACUAUGUUUAUUUCCUCAAAAGUAUAACAGGCGGAUGCACGUCAGCUUACUGUUUUGGUACACAACUACCAUGUGAAAAUGGCACGACAUCUGAAAAUGGAUUUUCACCAGGAUGUGACACGUUUCCCGAUGUAACAGUGACACCGUUUGUAAAAGCUACUCUUACAGAGACAGAGGCUGUUAAUAAAUUUAAUGUAUUAAUGGUUUACAGUAAGGCAACUUUUGAAUGUCAUGCAAAUGACCUAACAGAUGGAUACAAAUAUAAAACACGAUGGUAUAUCAAUGACAUUGAAAUGAAAGACGCCAAAUUGGAAGGAUUGUCAAAAACAGAUGUGGAGGCUGGUUUAGGUCGUAUGUUAGAAGAACACUGGACAUCGACAUACAAGCCUAAUAUGAUAGUGAAGUGUGCUGUACAAGUAGGAGGAGAAGGAUUCGGAACAUAUGGACCGCAACACAAUUCAGAAGUUUUCUUUGCAGGUUUAAAGAUCGACCCAUCAUCUACCACAGAUUACCAAGUUUUAGAGGGAGACGAGUUAGAUAUACCGGCAGAACUUACGAUGCCUUUAUCAUGCGCCUGGCCAAAAAAUGCACCUCAAAAUUUGAAAGACAAUAUUAGACAAAACGAUUGCGUAUUGGUUCUCUUAAAUGGUGUACCAGAUUAUCAACUAAAUGGCGAAGAGUGCAUUAAUGGAAUAACAGAAGAUGGAAUUAUAUUCAAAUCCGAAACAUGUGGUAUUAAGUUUUCGCACAGUAACUGGCAGGAUAAACAAAUGAUCAAAAUAAUGGGUCAAACAGAUCAAGUAGUUAAUGUUGAGGACAGAAUAGUUUUUUUACGACUGUACAACGCCGAUAAAGUAGAACCUAUAGAACCAAUAUCAUAUUGGAAAAAUAUUCACCUUCCGGAUAUCAAGGUUUAUGUUAAAGACGCAGAUGUUGUGACAUUAGGUAGAAGCUGCUAUUCACAUAACGAUCCGCAUAUGAGGACGUUUGACCAGAAAAACUAUGAACUCCAGAUUCAUCAAGGACUUACAGAAGGCGAAUACAUUAUGUACAAGCACGACCGCUUGCCACUUCAGGUCAGUGCCUACUUUAAAGAGUGCUAUACUACGAUUCUCUGUAACUGUGGUAUUGCCGUUAGAAGUGGUGACAGUCUAUUUGUCGCAAAUUACUGUGAGACAAAUUAUAAAGGACAACGAAAAAUAAAUCGAUACAUGUCACAAAGAUUGUGUGAUGACCAAAGUCUUACAGUAACCAAAUCGGGAUCUACAUAUGUGAUUACUCUCCCUACUGGAACAAAAGUCACAUUUUAUUAUAGUUCUAACUAUUUAGAUGGAAUCAACAUUAUACCAUCAGUAUUAGACACGGGUAUGACAAAAGGUCUGUGUGGUAUUUACAACGGUAAUUCAAAUGACGAUUUUAUACCAAGAGAUCAGCUAGCUCCAGUUACAGAUAUUAAAACUUUUGCUUCGUCAUGGCAAGUGAAAGGUGCUUAUGCAGACGAGACUUUGUUUCAUCCAGAUGGUGUGUUAAAAGAGACAGAAUAUAACGGUCAGCAGUACUGUACAUGUGUAUCCCCCGAUGACGUUUGA